AUGUGUGGCUGCAAGGCCAGCGUCCCCAGCACAAAGCACUACUCCGUCAGUCCUGCUUCCCCCCAGAAGAGCCCUCCAGCCGCAGCGGGGAUGCCCAAGCGCAUACCUAUAGCCAAGCAGCUGGCAUCAAUAAAAGCUCUAGAAAAAGGCUCAGACCUUGAAAAAGCCGUUGCUACUGCUGCGCUGGUGUAUAACAACGCUGCUGACCCCGAGGGCAAACUCAGCAAAGCUGAAACCAAAAACCUGCUGCAGACCCAGUUUUUGAGUUUCAUACAGGGCCAAGAAAAUAAACCAAAAUACCAGGAAGUAAUUUCUGCCCUGGAUGAGGAGACAGAGAACAAAAUUGACUUUGAAGAUUUCAUGAUCUUGCUGGUCAGUCUCACUCUAAUGUCUGACCUGCUGCAGGAGAUCAAAAACAUGAAAACCACCAAAUGA